GAAUCAAUCACUUUGAAAAAAUAAUAACAUAAUAAUAAUUUCAGCUCAUUCGAAUUCAAUUGAAUCGUAAAUGAAUUCAUACCGGGCCGAGUGAUCUCGUUCGGGUUCGCGUUGGCAAUCGAAUUCGAUUGAACAUUUGUGAAAAAGGAACUGUAUUUCUCGGAUUUAUAAGGGGGGGUUACCGAUAAAGUGCCGUGCAGCUUAGAUUUUGCUUCCAAGGAAGGAAUUUGGGUGAGCAGACUUCGCUUGUCUCUCAAGAACACCCCAAAAAAAAAAAAAAGUGAUCUUGCAACGCUGACAAAGUGGAUUGUGAGCUAAGACACAGAGAGAGAGAGAGAGAGAGAGAGAGAGAGAGAGGGUAAGGAAGUGGCGCAUUUUCAGCAAACCCACCAUUUCCGGAGGAGCUUUUGCAUUGCAUUUGUGAGGAUUGAUACUUCAAGUUCUUUGGCCGCCGGCAUUGAUUGUUCAAAUGGCAGCUCCGCCAGCCAGGGCUCGCGCCGAUUAUGAUUGCCUCGUGAAGCUUCUGUUGAUUGGGGAUAGCGGUGUUGGAAAGAGUUGUCUUCUUCUACGCUUCACUGAUGGUUCCUUCACCACUAGCUUCAUCACCACCAUCGGCAUCGACUUCAAGAUAAGGAACAUUGAGCUCGAUGGCAAGCGAGUCAAGCUUCAAAUUUGGGAUACGGCUGGUCAGGAGCGGUUUCGAACAAUCACGACCGCAUACUACCGUGGAGCCAUGGGCAUUUUGCUGGUUUACGAUGUCACUGACGAAUCAUCCUUCAAUAAUGUCAGGAACUGGAUCCGUAACAUUGAACAACAUGCAUCUGAUAAUGUCAACAAGAUACUAGUCGGGAACAAAGCCGACAUGGAGAGCAAAAGGGUCGUUCCAGCUUCCCGGGGUCAAGCACUUGCCGAUGAAUAUGGAAUCAAAUUCUUCGAGACUAGUGCAAAAACGAACCAGAACAUCGAAGAGGCCUUUUUUUCGAUAGCAAAGGACAUAAAGCAAAGGCUCGCCAACUCCGAUUCCAAGGCUCAGCCCACAGCGAUUAAGAUUAAUCAACCGGCCAAGUCGGGUGCUGGAGCUGUUCAGGCUGCACAAAGAUCUGCUUGCUGUGGCUCUUAAAGAUUCGGAAGGAGCCCCAAAAUAAAGGGGACAGAAGGGAAGAACUGACCGCGAUAACGAUAUCGUCAUCACUUGUAAUAUCUCCUUAUGAUCAUUCUUUUAAGAUUGAGCUUUGUUAGUGUGUGGAAGGGAGUCAGUCCUUGGCUGUUUCAAUGUAUGAUCGUACCCUGCAGACCUGAGCUUUUACCAUUCUCCCUUUUAACAGUUAAAAUCAUUGAAUGACAUUCAAUAGAGAUUAACUU